UGACCCCCGGUUAUUUGCAGGAAUCGAGCAGCUGGAGAAGAUGGAGUCACCGCGGACGGUCAAAACCCACCUGCCUUUCCAACUCGUUCCCAAAUCCUUCUGGGAGCAGGACUGCAAGGUAAUUGUAGUCGCUCGAAAUGCCAAGGAUAAUGCGGUCUCCUACUUUCACUUCCAUCGGAUGAACCAAGGCAUGCCUCACCCUGGGACCUGGCAGGAAUUCCUCCGGAAUUUCAUGGAGGGUCAAGUUUCCUGGGGAUCCUGGUAUGACCAUGCGAAGGGCUGGUGGGAAGCGAAGGAGAAACAUCGGAUUCUCUUCCUCUUCUAUGAAGACAUGAAGGAGAACCCCAGGAGGGAGAUCCAGAAGGUGGCCCGGUUCAUGGGGAAGGUUCUGGAAGAUGACGUCCUCGAGAAGAUUGUCCAUCUCUCCUCUUUCAAGGUCAUGAAGGACAACCCACAGACCAAUUACACCACGGUACCGAGCAACAUCAUGGACCAAUCCAUCUCCAGGUUCAUGAGGAAAGGUGAGGUGGGAGACUGGAAGACCCAUUUCACGGUGGCUGAGAAUGAACGUUUUGAUGAACAUUACGAGAGACAGAUGGCUCCGUGCUCGGUGAGGUUUCGCCAGGAGCUGUGACCGGGACGAGACCAGAACAACGUGAACAACUCAUCGAUUCAGAUUAAAUAUUCAAUUAAUUAACAAAAA